ACUCCAGCACCGUGCUCGGCCAGGUCCUGGUCCGAGGAGGUCGUGUCGCUGUUCGACCUGCUCAAGACCAAGGAGCCGCCGCUGCUGGUCAAGGUGGCGAAGGGGCAGUACCUGAGCGCCGGCGCCGGUGGCAUCGCGAGCUCGGGAGCCCACAGCACGCUGCUGCUGACCUCCGCGGGGCGGCGGCGGCGGAUGCUGGCGCAGAGCGUCAAGUUCAAGGACAGCCGGCGCCUGGUGCCAGUCGGCCAGAAGCUGCUCAUCCCGGACACCUUCGACGGCUUCUUCGAGAUCCUGAGCGAGGAGGGCCGCUCGGUGCGCGGCAUCGAGAGCGUGGCCGAGCUGUCGCGCCGCUUCCCCGACUCGUGCAUCGCGCGCGACAGCUGCAGGGCGUACGUCUCCAAGUCGGACAGUGUGGACACGAUCACAGAGCGCACGCGCAUGAUUCAGAGCGGCGAGACGCUCGUGCUGGUGGGCGAGGUGGUGCGGACUCGGGGGCGAGGGCCUUCGCGCUUCCUGCGCUGCUUCGACAGCAGCGGCGAGAACGUGUACCUACCGUACGAGCAGAAGGUCAAGUUCAGCGCCGUCGCCAAGGAAGAAAACAUCAGCGGCGUGCACAGUGUCGCCAACCUGCUCAACAAGCGGCUGCCGCUCAACGUACGCAUGAUCAGUGGUCGGCCACCGGACGGUGCCAAGCUCGGCAGCGGCUUUGCCGCCGAGAUUCGCCUGCACGCCACCUACGAGGACGAGCUGCUGGUGGCGUCGCCGCUGCAGAAGGGCGGCACGCUGCUGGCCGUGCCGCCCACGGCGCCGCUCAAGGUACACGUGGCGAGCAACGGCGACGCGCUGGCGCGGCUCAAGGAGUUCGACCGGCUGUGCGAGCGCGCCACGCAGGCGUGGGCCGAGGCGGCCGACCGCAUCCACGCCUUCGACGUGCCGCUGCCGGCCGAGCCGCGCCUUGACGGCAAGAAGGUGGCGCGCGCGCCGCGACCGCGCGGCUUCCGGCGCUCCGUCUCGUCGCCGGUGUCGCGCGUGACGCGUCGCCACAGCGGCGAGACGGUCGACGAGUACGACGAGAUCGACCAGAUCUAUGACUACGUGCGCGGCUUCGCGCCUCUGCCGCGCGGCCUGCGGCAGGCGAUCAGCCGGGGCUCGCCGGAGCGGCGGCAGGUGGCGCCGGCGCCGCCGCCGCCGCCACUCUCCGACCAGCCGCCCGAGCCGCCGCCCAUCGAGACCAUCCCGUCGCGCAAGGUGUCGCAGGCGUCGGAGCGACCGGUCAGCGUGCACCCCGGCGUGUUCGUGGCGAGCCUCGAACGAGGCCAGCCGCGGACCGACCGGCGCGUGGCUGAGAAGCGCGCCCGCGAGCCUACCAAGGCGCCCAAGAAGACCAUGGCCAAAGACGAGGGCAAGCAGUCGAUGAAGCUGUUCGCGAAGAGCGGCAACGCCAAGCCGAAGCCGCGUUUUUUUCGGCACAAGAGUGCAUCGCCGCUGAAGAGCAGCGGGGUGUACUAUCCGAUGGCGGGGUCGGCCAAGUCGGCGGGGCCGUCGCCGCUCUUCAACAUCCGCUACAAGUCGUUGAACAACCUGGCCAUGGACUUCGACACGCUAAACUCGAGCAACUCGGGCGGCAAGACGUCCGGCGACUCGGGGGACUCGGCCGCCAUCAAGGCGAAGCUGCCCGAGAAGAAGUCGAAGAAGCUAGGUCGGCCCAAGUCAAUGACGAACCUGGUCUGGGAACCCCCCAAGCUGACUCCGGCGAUGGAGAUGUACGUCAAGCCGAGCCUCAUCACCGACCAGGACCGCAAGCUGCGGCUGGAGCCCGGAGUCUACAAGAGGCGCAACUCGACCGUCAUGCUCAACAACAAGUAUAACAACCAGAAGAAGCUGGGCACGCUGUACUUGUAAGGGUCGGCAUCGGCGUCGUCACGUGCUUUCUGAUCUGCCAUGCGACGGGCGGACAGCGCUGGUCACGUGACUGGGUCGUCGGCGCAGGGGUCAGCGGAGGCCGCAGCUCGCCGAUCAAUCCAGUCGCCAUGUGAUGCGCUCGCCGUCGUCCGCGGCUCCCCGCAGCGUUCGUGAGCAUUCGAGAGCGGAAGAGGCGCAAAGAAGACGAGGCAAUAGCGGCGCGGGAGUGUGCCGUGAGGACUUCGUGCUGAAUCGUCUCUCGAACAGCACAGCAUGUCGUCCGAGGGAAAGACGGGCGCGGCCGCCGCAUUCACUGUACAUCUCACCAUAAUCCCGAGACGUGCGCGUGCUGUGCUGACGUGGGUACGAUGCGCGUGCUGUGCUGACGUGGGUGCCGUUCGCGUGCUGUGCUAACGUGGGUGCCGUUCGCGUGCCGUGCUGACGUGGGCACCGUGCGCGAGCUGUGCUGACGUGGGCGCCGUGCGGGCGCUGUACCGACGUGCGUGCCGUGCGCGUGGACCGCCGGGCGACAGGCACCGGAAGAGAGACACGAACCCGCCGGCGCCGUGCGCCGCGAGAUGUUACCGUGCUCACCCGGCCCCAGUGAUGUGACCCGUUCACCAUACCCCCCUGACAGAUCGGCCGCGUGACUUAGCAGCGUAUGACAGUAUGCUGUGUAAAGUCACCGAUCACUGGGCGACAGUGCAACGUCGAGUUCGGCGCUGCGUAUCAUCGUCGAAUUCGGCGCUGUGUAUCAUCGUCGAGUUCGGCGCUGUGUAUCAUCGUCGAGUUCGGCGCUGCGUAUCAUCGCUGAGUUGGGCGGUGAUAGGCCAAUGCCAGCUCGCCGCUUGUCCUGCUUAUUUUGAACGCAAGUGGAUGAUGCUGGCGUUUGUGCCGGCCAUUUCGAUGUCGCUCUGUUGUUAUCAGUGGCGUUCUGUUGCCCCCAGGCGUCCUGGGUCGCUUCUCCCUGUUGUCAAUCAUGUACUGUGCAUGCCACGCAAUAAUAAACAAGAAAAGUUGCGCGAAUGUCA